CGGCGAUUGUAGCAGCCAGCGUGUGCCAAAAUCUCCGCGGCUCGAUAGCAAUCGAGCGAGCAAGCAAGCACGUCCGAGCAGCUGUUCCAUAGCUACAUCGCUGCGGCGAGCAAUUUGCUCGUGCAUCCAUUCGUUGCAGAUAAAAAGCAACCAUGCUGAGACACGCUGCAAGACUGUCGUCACGCUUCGCGCGCCCGCGCGCGCGCCCGCUGUCGACGAUCGACAUGGGCGACACGUCAGUUUCUGCGAGAUUCCGCGAGCCGGAUCCGUCGAAGCCGCGGAUUGUGCUCGCCUACUCCGGCGGCCUCGACACGUCGACGCAGCUCGCCUACCUAGCGCACGAGAAGGGUUAUGAGGUCUGCGCCUACAUCGCCGAUUUAGGCCAGGACGACGUCAAGGACAAGGCCGCCAUCGAAGAAAUCAGAGAUAAAGCGCAAGCUUCAGGUGCCUACUCCUUCGAGUGCGUCGACCUGAGGAGGGAAUUUAUUAGAGAUUAUGUCUACGAGUGCAUCCGCGCGAACUGCUUGUACGAAGGGAGAUACUUACUCGGGACGAGCAUGGCGCGGCCCUGCAUCGCGAAGAAACAAGUCGAAUUGGCCUGGAGGGAGAAGGCCGAGUACGUGUCCCACGGCUCGACGGGCAAGGGCAAUGAUCAAGUGAGAUUUGAAUUGUGCUACCUCGGCAUGGACCCGAACCUCAAGUGUGUGACAUUAUGGAGGGAGCCCGAAUAUUUGGCCAAGUUCGAGGGCCGCCAGGACUUGCUCGACUACGCGUCGUCCCACAACAUUCCGGUUAGUCAGACGAAGAAGCACUCCUACAGCGAGGACGAGAACAUCAUGCACAUCUCGUACGAGUCCGGUGAAUUGGAGGACCCUGCUUACCCGGGUGUGGUCACGGAGUACCCCGGUCUGGUGCUGAAGAAGAAGACCCAGGACCUCAUGGACACGCCGGACGAGCCGUGUCGCCUGGAGAUCGACUUCGACAACGGCGCGCCUGUCGCUGUUCGGGAGCACGACGCGUCUGGUGCGGUCACGAAUUCGACGGGCGAGGACCCUUUGGCUUUAUUCGCUAAAUUAAAUGAGUUGGCGGGCAUCCACGGCGUCGGUAGGAUCGACAUUGUGGAAAAUAGAUACGUCGGCAUGAAAUCGAGAGGCUGCUACGAGACCCCGGGUGGUACGGUACUCCAAGCUGCUCACCUGGACCUGGAGACGUUGACGAUCGACCGGGAAGUCAUGCGGCUGCGGGACACGAUGUCCAUCAAGUUCAGCGAGCUCGUCUACAACGGCUACUGGUUCUCGCCGGAGAUGGACUUUUUGCGCGUCGCGAUGGACCACGCGCAGAAGCCCGUGAGCGGCACGGUCGCCCUCCACCUCCACAAGGGCCACGUCAUCCCGCGGGGCCGGUCUUCCCCCCACUCGCUCUACAACAAGAAGCUCGUGUCGAUGGACGAGGAGGGCGGCUUCGUGCCGCAGAACUCGACGGGCUUCAUCCAGACGCUCGCGACGCGGCUCAAGGCCGCGAAGAAGCGCGACGCGGAGCUCUAG